GCGCUCUUUCUCACGUUAUAUAACGCAGCAGUCACAAGGCCGGCUCUUUCUGUGGAGCUUCUCUACUGCUGUAGGUUUAAUCCAUCAUAAACUUUAAUUUCACAGUUUCUGGAUUAAACGUCUCGCUCUGUUUCAGUAAACAUGUCUGAGUAUGAGGGGAAUCAGUCCAAAUUAAUGCGCAAAGCAAAGGAGAAUCCUUUUGUGCCUGUUGGAAUGGCGGGAUUCGUCGGCAUUGUAGGGUACCAGCUUAUGAAGAUGAAAAGCCGUGGGAACGUGAAAAUGUCGGUCCACCUCAUCCACAUGAGAGUCGCCGCUCAGGGCUUCGUGGUUGGAGCCAUGACGCUAGGUGUGAUCUAUUCCAUGUACAAUGAGUUCUACCUCGCAGCCAAACAGGACCAGAAGGCCGUGACCAACAAGUGACGGAUGCCACUCCAUAAAUAUUUAUUAGAUUUACUUUUAGCAGAUAAGCUAAAGCAUUUAUACUUUUGAAUUGCUGUGUUAGCUCCGUAUUACACAAAAGGAUUAAUUUAUCCACUAAACUGUGGACUAAACACAGAUUUAUAUCAACAAAGAGUUGUGGGAAUUUUAAGAAGAAGAUAUUUAAUUGUGUCAUCUGUAUUUUUGAAUCGUUGAGUUGUUUUUGUUUCAAUCUCAAAGGACUUGGCUCAAUGUAAAUGAGCUCUUUGGUCACACAGGGUUUAAUUUUAAUUGUUUUUGUGCAGUGUGAGCUCUUUGGAUGCACUGGGUUUCAUUUUGAUUGUAUUUUUGCAAUGUGCCGAGUGUGAGCUGUGAGCCUUAUUUCACAUAGAAAUAAGGAACAAGGGACAAGGGAGCUUUAAUUAUGGUUCAAACCCCAAAUUUAAAGUAACAUGAACCUUGAAGCCUGAGUAUGAAACCACUGCCAAUGAAUUGUCUAUCAGUACAUUAUGAUCAGGGGUCAAGGGUUAAACCUAACCAUGAUCCUACGUUCCUGUGUUUGGACAAACAGUUGUAGUUAACUUCAUUUGUGGAUUUAAAAAUCCAUCAUCAUGAAGGGAUAAUAAUACAUAUAUUUAUAUAUUCUGCAAUGAAGGUUGCCUUUUUCAACAAUCAAACAUGUUGCAAAUAUCUAAUUACUAAACCAGCCCUUUGGUUUAAUGUUUUGAUAUUAUAUUUUUAAAUAUUUUCACAUGAAUUGUAUUUUUCUUUAAGAAAUAAAAUAUUUCCUACUAUAAAUCU